AAGUCGGGCUAGCACUUCUACCAGGGGCUAUGCUGCUGCGGCCGCUUCGAGGCUGGGCAGCCCGGUUGCUGCGUAGUGCAAGCCCCGGUAGCUCCGGAAGCCUCAUUUCGGGCACCGGCAAGCUGUGGGCACCUCACCGCGCCUGGCCUCCGGAUAAAGAUAGAGAAAAUGAUAAAGAGAAAAAAGCUGUGGUUUGUGUUGAGGGCAAUAUUGCAAGUGGAAAGACGACAUGCCUGGAGUUCUUCUCCAAUACAACAGAUGUUGAGGUGUUAAUGGAGCCUGUGCUUAAGUGGAGAAAUGUCCGAGGCCACAAUCCUCUGGGUCUAAUGUACCGAAAUGCCAGUCGAUGGGGCCUCACACUGCAGACUUAUGUGCAGCUCACUAUGUUGGACCAGCACACUCGUCCUCAGAUGUCACCAGUACGGUUGAUGGAAAGGUCAAUUUACAGCGCAAGAUACAUUUUUGUAGAAAACCUGUAUAGAAGCGGAAAGAUGCCAGAAGUUGAGUAUGUGAUUCUGUCUGAGUGGUUUGAUUGGAUCAUCAGGAACAUUAAUGUCUCCAUUGAUCUGAUAGUUUAUCUUCGAACCACUCCUGAAAUCUGCUACCAGAGAUUAAAGAUGAGGUGCAGGGAAGAGGAGAAAAUCAUUCCAAUGGAAUACCUCAGUGCUAUUCACCACCUCUAUGAGGAGUGGCUGGUCACCGGUAGCCUUUUCCCAGCUGCAGCCCCUGUUCUGGUGAUUGAGGCUGACCACGACUUGGAGAAAAUGUUAGAACUCUUUGAACAAAACCGGGCCCGGAUAUUAACUCCAGAGAAUUGGAAGCAUGGCCCAUAGGACUGGAUAUGGCUGCAGUCUACAAGACAGUGCCAGGAAUAGCCCAGUAGGGCCAGCUGCUAUGAAAUCAGGCCACCCAGUGAGGCAAGGGAACACAGUCUUCUAUCCCAGUCAAGGAUUUGAAGCUCAUAGAGGUGCAGGGACUCUUCAAGGUCACACAGCCAAUGAUUGUGGAGUUGGUACCAUUCAGACACCUGGUUUGGGCUGCUUCCUCUUGAGUUGUUCCCCUCAGCCCUGCUGUUCUAUGCUUCAGCUACCCCUCCCUGCACCCCCCUCCACCCCGUUCUUUGUGAGAAGAGCUGGCAGUAUGUAGACUCCAUUACAUUUCACUGUUGGGCAAGGUUCAAGGAGAAUGGAUAGCACUAGUCUCUGGCACACCUCUGUUAUUUGGCCUGAGCCCAGUGUUUCCUGGCAUGAAGGUGCUGUAGCCUCUACAUCUUUGUCAUCUGGAUCUCAGUGUCCAUAGAGGGAAUCCUACAUUGGCCCUUGGAUGGUGCCAGUGUCAUUGAGGAUGAAGGCCCUUCCCAGACUGCUGCCAAUUUUGUGUCAUUCUGUGUCAGAUAAAAGACUUUGGGGACUUGGACACUGCUCUGUGCUGAGUGAGGCCAAGGGCAGUCAGCUGUCCUUGAGUGAGAAACGGGGCCCUUAGAAUUACUGAGUGUUUGUGGCUCACGGAGAGAGACAUAGUGGCCUUAACUCUAUUGAACUGUUUUUCCAUCUGUCUUGGACCACAGAGCAUGAAGCCAUCUGUGUUGGAUCAGAUAGUAUCUUAGAUUUGCUGGGCCAUAGCUGCAUACCGAAGGUGAAGGUGCAGCUGCCUUUUGAACCAAUCAAGACCAAGAGAAAGAAAGACCAUUCCUCUGGGAACAGUGGGACUGGAAAGUCAGGGUUUGCAAAUAAAGUCAUUUAAAGUCUU